AUGCCAACACUGUUUGGCUUCGAGGCGUUGACGCCUUCGGCGGUUGUUUUGGCUACUUUGUCCAUCGUUGUGCUGUACUAUGGGGUGCAGUGCGUUUACCUGCUCUUCUUCCAUCCGCUGGCAAAGUACCCAGGCCCCAAACUGGCCGCCAUAUCCGAGCUUUGGUACGCAUGGGGGUUGACAAGUGAUCGCUUGCCCUUCAUCGUUCAUGAUCUGCACCUCAAAUAUGGCGAUGUCGUGCGCAUCGGUCCCAACGAGGUAUCCUUCGCGACCUCGCAGGCAUUCCAAGAUAUCCAUGGCCAUGUGUCCAAGGGCAAAGGCCGCUUCCUGAAAACAGACUUCUACGACAACGAUGAUCCCAAUCCUCGUAUCACUACCGCGCGGGACCCGGAGGUCCACGCUCGCCAACGCAAGGCACUUUCACACGGGUUCAGCGCAAAGUCGCUGCGCGAUCAGGAAGAUGUUGUUCAUAAAUACGUCGACAUGUUCGUUGAACAGCUUGCCAAUAUCGGUGAACAUGGAGAAAAGGCCUUGAACAUGUCCGAUGUGUUCAACUGGUUGACGUUUGACAUCAUUGGCGAUCUGGCCUUCGGAGAGCCAUUUGGUGCCGUCGAAGAUGGACGCACGCAUUUCUGGGUGUCCCUCCUCUUUGGAUCUCUCAUCAUGGCUCAGAUGACAACGCUACGAAGGAAGCUUCCUAUCCUGAAUCUUGUGCUUCCAUAUGUCCUGCCAAAGGGUGCAGCCGAGGAUCUCAAAAGACACAGGGCACUGACGAGGGAGAAGACCCUGAGGCGCAUAGCACUCGGCGACACUGGACGUGACGACUUCUUCUCGCACAUGCUGAAGAAGAACACAAUGCCAGAAGGAGAGAUGAUCGGCCAGUCUCACACUCUGAUCUUGGCCGGGUCUGAAACGACCGCCACGUUUCUAUCCGCAGUUACUUGGCACCUACUCAAGAAUCUGGAGUGCAUGAAGAAGCUCCAGGAGGAGGUUCGCGGGGCAUUCACGUCCCAGGAGCAGAUUACUGGAGACUCCACGGCGGGUCUGCAAUAUCUCCAUGGUGUCCAAGAGGAAGGCCUACGGAUCUUUCCACCUGUCCCAUUGAACUUGCCUCGAUACUCCCCGGGCGCCUCCGUCGAUGGUCAUUACAUCCCCGAAGGACUGACGGUCUCGGUCAACUCCCUUACCGUGACGCGCGAUCCCCGUUAUUUUGAAGACCCCGACGCUUUCCGGCCGGAGCGCUGGAUCGAUGAGGAGUUUCACGACGAGAAAAAGGCAAGCCAGCCAUUUUCGGCCGGGUCGCGCGUCUGUCUGGGCAUUAACCUAGCGUAUCUCGAGAUGAGGAUCAUCUUGGCCAAGUUGGUUUGGGCAUUCGACUGGGAGCUGGCCGAGGAGCUCGACGAUUGGCUGCAUUCCAACAAGAUGCGUAUCUUGUGGAAGAAACCCGAUCUCUGGGUCAAGUACCACCCUCGCACUGCUGCUUAG